UGCUUGGAAAGUACAUUUGUUUUACUUUGUUUCUACCCGGCGAGUCUGUAUCGACUUUCGAUUCCAGACAAUUAAGAUUUCUGCUCACAAGUGACUGACUGGUGACAGUGACAAAAGAAGAGGUAUAUUAAGAGCAUCCAAAAAUGAAUUGUUUUCAUUUAGAUGACUUCCUUGCAGGGUGGAUUGGAGGAGCUUCCAGUGUUAUUGUGGGUCAUCCUCUGGACACAGUCAAGACUCGUUUACAAGCUGGGCAAGGAUACAAAAACACCCUUCACUGUGUCCUCCAAAUCUACAGAAAGGAAACGAUCGCUGGCUUCUUCAAGGGUCUCUCCUUCCCACUGGCCAGCAUCACCGUGUAUAACUCAGUGGUGUUUGGAUUCUUCAACAACACACAGAGGGUUAUAAGCAAGUUCCGCCAUGGUGACGAGAGACAGUCGUGUGGUAUGCUGGACAUGACCCUGGCCAGCAUGUUGACAGGUCUGAUGUCAGUGGGACUCGGAGCUCCGGUCGACUUAGUUAAGAUAAGACUGCAGAUGCAGACUCUGCCCUGUCUAGCAGAGAACCUGGACCUCGCCGGGACGACCGGAAACGUGAACGGUAACGUCGCCGUGCGCUCCGUGACUCUCCAGGGCCAGCCGACCUACAGAGGGCCCAUCCACUGCAUCAGCUCCAUACUGCGGACCGAGGGGAUCCGGGGGCUUUACAGAGGAGCCGCGGCCAUGGUCCUGAGAGACGUCCCUGGGUACACGCUGUACUUCAUCCCCUAUGCGUUGUUCCGUCGCUGGCUAUCCCCUGAAGGGAGGUCAUCACCUCAUCCCUGUACUGUAUGGGUGUCUGGAGGACUGGCAGGUUCUAUCUCGUGGGUCACGGCUACUACAGCUGACAUGUUUCUGUCUACAGGUUCUAUCUCGUGGGUCACGGCUACCCCAGCUGACGUGUUUCUGUCUACAGGUUCUAUCUCGUGGGUCACGGCUACCCCAGCUGACGUGUUUCUGUCUACAGGUUCUAUCUCGUGGGUCACGGCUACCCCAGCUGACGUGUUUCUGUCUACAGGUUCUAUCUCGUGGGUCACGGCUACCCCAGCUGACGUGUUUCUGUCUACAGGUUCUAUCUCGUGGGUCACGGCUACCCCAGCUGACGUGUUUCUGUCUACAGGUUCUAUCUCGUGGGUCACGGCUACCCCAGCUGACGUGUUUCUGUCUACAGGUUCUAUCUCGUGGGUCACGGCUACCCCAGCUGACGUGUUUCUGUCUACAGGUUCUAUCUCGUGGGUCACGGCUACCCCAGCUGACGUGUUUCUGUCUACAGGUUCUAUCUCGUGGGUCACGGCUACCCCAGCUGACGUGUUUCUGUCUACAGGUUCUAUCUCGUGGGUCACGGCUACCCCAGCUGACGUGUUUCUGUCUACAGGUUCUAUCUCGUGGGUCACGGCUACCCCAGCUGACGUGUUUCUGUCUACAGGUUCUAUCUCGUGGGUCACGGCUACCCCAGCUGACGUGUUUCUGUCUACAGGUUCUAUCUCGUGGGUCACGGCUACCCCAGCUGACGUGUUUCUGUCUACAGGUUCUAUCUCGUGGGUCACGGCUACCCCAGCUGACGUGUUUCUGUCUACAGGUUCUAUCUCGUGGGUCACGGCUACCCCAGCUGACGUGUUUCUGUCUACAGGUUCUAUCUCGUGGGUCACGGCUACCCCAGCUGACGUGUUUCUGUCUACAGGUUCUAUCUCGUGGGUCACGGCUACCCCAGCUGACGUGUUUCUGUCUACAGGUUCUAUCUCGUGGGUCACGGCUACUCCAGCUGACGUGGUGAAGAGCAGACUACAGGCUGACGCUCUCCACGCUAGGAAAUACAGAGGGAUUGUCCACUGCGUUGUUCAGAGCUACAAGACCGAGGGGAUACAUGUCUUUUUCCGCGGAGCCUCCGUGAACGCUAUCCGAGGCUUCCCAAUGAGUGCCACCAUGUUUCUGGGCUACGAACUCUCUCUGCAGUUCUUCAGGGGUCUCUAGUAUCUACACAAGGAUUAUAAUGGAGACAUUAUCUUGACAGUUAUCCUCUUGUCCUAGGACACUCCAAAUGGUUUCAUCAGGAAGAUCAUUUGAAUCCUUGCAAAUUGAAAGUAGGGAGUGUCUUGACUUGAGAAUUGAUCUAGUUGAGAAUUAUCUGCGCUACUGCCAUAAUACAAUCUAUUUAUAAAGUGUAAAUACUCAUUUCUUAUAUUAAGAAAAUAUCUUAAAUGAAAGUGCCUUACAUUAAUUGACAAAUGUAUACAUUUAAAUAUGUUGUGCUAUAAUAUACAGUAACAGUAUGCUUAAUAUAAAGCUGUACUGCAGAAAUUAACUCGUUUUAGGACCCAACAGUUAAAACCAGUUCUAACCUCCAUAAUGAUACGCACAUGAAUCAUUAUAUUUCGUUGGUGCCAGGCUUUUAAUUAAACUGUUUAAACUUUGUGAUUUGUAAAUAAGUAUGAGAGAGAUUAAAUGUCAUUCCACAAGGAGGCAUAGUUUUGUACAUACAUUUUUUCUUAAAAGUCAUUUUAAAAUGUGGGUUUUUUGGGGGGGGGAUUCUUGUUACGGACUGUUUCUGUACACUUCUACUUGGAAAAUCUAAUAAACAUAUUGUUUCAA